AAACGCAGUUCUUAAUGGUUGCCGAUUUGCAGUGGACCUUUCCACUGACGUUUUACAACUAAAUCCUAUUAAUUUCUUACUGUGCUGUAUAAUUAUGUUGUUAGUUUGGACGAUUAAACAACAAGUUUGAUUUCCAAAGAUUUAAUCAGAAUCCUGAAGUUUACAGUUAUACAACAAUGGCUGCAACAAGGAGACUACAAAAGGAGUUAAAUGACAUCCGGCAGUCUGGUUUGAAGUCGUUCAGGGACAUUCAGGUGGAUGAGUCAAACAUUUUAACUUGGCAAGGACUUAUUGUUCCAGACAACCCACCUUACAAUAAAGGAGCAUUUAGGAUCGAGAUCAACUUCCCAGCAGAAUACCCAUUCAAACCUCCCAAGAUUAGUUUCAAAACGAAAAUUUAUCACCCAAAUAUUGAUGAGAAAGGGCAAGUGUGCCUGCCCAUCAUCAGUGCUGAGAAUUGGAAGCCAGCCACCAAGACUGAUCAAGUUAUCCAAGCAUUAGUGGCCCUUGUUAAUGAUCCUGAGCCCGAACACCCUCUGCGUGCGGAACUAGCUGAAGAAUUCCUGAAAGACAGGAAGAAGUUCACUAAGAAUGCUGAAGAAUUCACUAAAAAGCACAGUGAAAAACGGCCCACAGACACUGACACUAAAUAACCAAUUGUAUGGAUCAUACAUAAUUGCUUGGAUCUACAGCAAUAAUGUUCAGUUUAUUUAACCAUAAGGCUUGACAGUUCAUCUAUUUAGGAUUAAUAUAAACCUGACAUUGUUAUUUCACUGUGCAUUUAUUGUAAAUUAGCUAGCUAAAAAGUAUUUGCAGAUUGUUUUACCAACCAACUCCAAAUUAGACAUUGCUGUACAUCCAGGGUAUUUUCGACUUCACAGAUUCCUGCUAUUGCUUGUUGGUCACUGUAUUGCUUGCAAAAAUAAGCACUGUUAAGACUAAAUAAAGUUAGUGAAUAGCAAUUGGCAGUUUGAUGAACAAGGCUUUGAAUUUAUUGCUUGUUUAAAUUAGAUUUCGGAAUUGUAUCAAUGAGUUGGGUAUAAUAAACUUAAUUAGGGUUUUUAUUGGUCCUUAUUAUAUUUUUCACUUAAUUUUUUCUAAUUUAAUGUCACUACCUUACUAUAGAUUUUUUCUAAUUGUCUUCAGAGCUAUUGAUAAUUUUGGGUUCACAUGUACUCAAAACUAUGUAAAUAAUCAUGCACAUGGUAAUUUUACUAUCAAGCAGGUGUCAAUAUUUGAUUUAAAUUGAGCUUGUAGGAAAAGAUCAUAGGAAGAAUACAAAGUUGAUUGUUAAUAACAUGGCUCUACC